AUGUUCGGACAAGCAGACCGUCCCUAUCUUCCAACCUCACAGUCAGAACCCAGAUUCCCACCGCGUCACCCGGUGUCCUACUCCCUAACAGCACCCUCGGGGCGGAGUAGCUCCAAGGACCACACAUCAUGGGGAGUACGGCUUAACAGGAAGCAUCAACGCGGCCGGGGGUUACUGCAUCGCCAGCCCCACACAAUUGAGAGGCCGCCCUAUGCUCCUCCGUAUGCACAGUCAUUCUCACUACUACCUUCCCCAACGACAGCUCCGUUGGAUCACAAGCCUCUGCCGGCUGCUCCCAAUCAGCGACUGCUCUCACCUCCCACGGCAGAAGAUCCGGCUUUUGCUGCACCGGUUGCACCGCCAUACACACCACUGCCAGCCAUCAGCCCGGCCCCGGCACCUCCGCCAAGAUUCCCUGAUGAAUCCGAAGAGGAACGCCACGGCUAUGGAUUUCCACCUUGCGCUAAUGAUGGUCCCAAUUCAGACCAUCCGACUGCUUCGGUCCUGGGCCAUGGCACGCCGUCGGAUUGGGAGCACUUGGGUAGCCCGGCACAAGAAGAGUUCGACGACCGGCCGUGGUUUCCCCCCAGGAGCGGGGUUGAAACGCCCACCGGAUCUCAAGACACAGUCCUGACGCCUCCGGGGUACUCCACGGGUCUGUCAGGCAGAGUUCGUCAUUCCAUCGUUCCUGGGCCACAUGUGAUCCGCAAGGACUCUGUCAAAAGCCCUAUCUCGGAGAUGGAUUUUAUCUCACAACACAACUUUUCUUAUUCUCCCAUCUCCCCAGCCACUAUGACUAGCAAGCAAGAGCCCUCGUUCUCUCCGGUUGCAUCGAUACGAAUAGACACUAGUGUUCCCUCAUCACACAGCCCGGUUCCCUCUAUUUCCAUGGACGGAGAAAGGUCACAAAGCAUCGAUGGGAUCAUCGAUGCAUGGAUUCAGCCAAUUACGGCAAUAGCGGAAUUUCCAAACCCGGAUUCGGCCAGCUUGCGACAGCAGGAGGAUCAGCUGACUCCGGUGAAUGAACAUGGCCCCGUUGGGUUGCCGACGGAGACACUAGAAUCGGAAGAAGUCCUGGAGUCGGAAGAAGACUGGGAGUCAGAAGAAGACCUGGAGUCAGAAGAAGACCUGGAGUCAGAAGAAGACCUGGAGUCAGAAGAAGACCCGGAGUCAGAAGAAGAUUUGGAGUCAGAAGAAAGCAGUGCACCUGUGGCUAAGGACAUAGACCCUCACGAUCUCGAUCCCUGGCUCAGGUCUUCCCUCACACGCUAUGUGGCUAUGCUGCACAAAGAGGCGGCCGCCGACUCGGAUACAGAGAGAUUCGAGAUUUUUGCAGCUUUCACGGCAAAGGAGACAAAGCUUCGAGAAAUUCUCUACAGUAUCGACAACGUCCAGCAAGCUGGACUGAUGGUUCCGCAACUCACUGUGCGAAACCCAACAUCAACACCUAUAACUGGUUCCACAUUCGGUCCCCUCCAGUCGCGAGAUCCUGUCUCUCCUACAGCGGCGGAAGCCGACGAAGAUAACCCAGAGGGUGAAGAAAGUGAAUAUAGCUCAGGAGGGCGUCCGAUCCUCGCCAAGAGAGCUCGUCACACUUCGAACGCUGUCCCAAGAGUGUCUUCCUUUGCGACCGAUAGAGAGCCCGGGAACAGCUCUCGGCGGUCUAGCUCUGUUCCGCCCUCACUGGAUGCGUUGCGAGGUGAACUAGGCUUCAGCCCUCUAGUCACAAGCCCUCCACAAUCCAUUUAUACGCCUUUCCAGUACGUUGAGGGACCUCAGCGAGGCUCAGACAACCUGACCUUUGAUCGGCCGGCUUUCCAAGGGUAUACUGACCUGCGGCGACAAUCCGCUAUGGGUGGUCGAGUCAUGGCGGUCUCGGGGCUUUCUCGCGGGAGGUCCCAAUCCUUGGCUUCUCCUGAGCAACUCAGAAGACAAGGGGAAGAGUUCCUCGGGGCUAUCCGCCAAAGGAGCAACGCUUACCACACAAUGUCACGAUCAACUCCUACAUCUCCUCCGCAUCUACCCGAAUCUUUGCACAAAGGCUUGCCUCGAAAUCCUAUUGAAGAUCUACGAAACAUGGUCUGGGCGCCCAUGGACGGACAAGCCGAAAGUUCAUGGUACGCAACAACAAAAGAGGAACUGGACGCAAUUUCCGAUGACUUCACGUACAUCCAGAAGAUCAUCCAGUCUUGGGAAUCAGCCUCGCUAGCUCGUCGAAAGAGGCUGGACCGGAAACGCAUGAAGCGCCAGGAUCGUGCGCAGAAGUACGCCGAUACCCUCUUCAAUAAAAAGGUCAUCGGAUAUGCGGAUAUCAAUCUGAUGGAAGAAGAUUUCCGACAAGGCGAAGCGCGCGUUCAGCUGGAUGAGGAGCGUCGCGAAGUCGACAGCUUCAUUGGAGAGAUAUUUAACCCCUCGACCGCGAACAAAAAGGGCAAAGCUGCGGCAAACGAGCAGCGUAGCCCGUCUGGCACUAUAAAGAUGGUCAACGAAGUUCACAACAAGCUUGAGAUUCGAUUCCAAAAGCGCCUAGAGCUUGCUCUGGACUGUGAGCGGCGCCGGAAGAAGGCAGAGCGGCGCCCAUUGGUGGUUAUCGGCGAUACGUUUGGUCUCCGACAGCUUGAUGGAGACUUUGACCAGAUGGAAAAACGGAAUAUUUUGGAGGCGGCCCGGGAUCGCGACGACCGAGCCAACCGGCUUAUGGAUUCUUUCGAUGGAGCAAUUCUUCAUGGCCUAGGUAUGAAUCAAAGCCUCCUGGACGCGCUCGCCGCAAAGGCAGCACAACUGGACUCCACAAUUCUCCGCUCCUCUUCUGGACUCUCGGAUUCUGAAGUUGAACAGAUCCUCAAGUCCGUGGCGAACUUUGCCGCGCGGCUUCGCGCCGACUCCGAAGAGAUUCUACACAAAUUCGGAGAUGCAGACAUGGCUCUCAACGAUGCGGACUACGACGUCUCCGUCGCCGAAGCGUGGUAUGCAAACUCGGACCCCAGUGUGUUUCAACUAUUGGAUGCUGAAAAACAAAAAGAGGACCUCAAAAUUCAGGACGACCUCCGCGUCAGACUGGAAAGUAUUCAGAAAAGCCCCGCCGAGAUUGAGACAACAGUUGUGCAUCUUCUGCAGUCUCUGGGGGAAACCUCCGCAGCCCCCGCCGAAGACGUGAACGUGAACACGCAAGGCAGCUCGUCACCACUCCAGGUCAGCCUGGAUCACCAAGACAGGCUGCGCAAGGCGCUGGCCGAUGGGAAGUGGCGCAAUGCUCGACACCACUUGAGAAAAAUGGACGGAUGGAAUUGA